GAGAGAGAGAGAUAGAGAGGUAGAUGGAGAGAGGGGUAGAGAGAGAGAGAGAGAGAGCGGCUGUAAUCCUAUAAACCGGGUGGCAGAGCGAGGCAGCCUCAGUGUGAAGGAUGGGAGAUGAAACGUGGUCCUCCGCUCUGAUGACAGAUGGAGCAUCCUUGGUUGUGAGCAGCAGCACCCAGCAGGAUGACUGGUCCUCUCGCUCUCUGCUGCCUUCUCCUCUCUGCUCACACUCUCAGUCCAGCAGCUGGUUAUUUAGCCGUUUCCAUUGAGCCUCUUCCUCCUGUUGUCAUUGGAGACACAGUCACACUCAAGUGCAACUUCCAAACAGACGGCAACCUCCGAGAGAUUGUAUGGUUUCGGGUGAGCACACAGGUGAUUGAAGGAGGCAGUGCCAAACAGAAGAUUUUUACAUAUGAUGCCAUGUAUAACACCAGCUACUCCAACAUGGAGGACAACCGCAGACGGGAGGACCUGGUCUACCAGUCUACUGUGCGGCUUCCUGAGGUUCAGAUGGAGGAUGAUGGCCUGUAUGAGUGCCAUGUGGGGAUAUAUGACAGGAGCUCCACAGACAAAGUGAUUCUAGCCUCUGGCAGCAUCACCCUCACUGUCAUAGUACCUCCCAAGUCUAUCUCUGUGGUGGCAGCCAACAGCCCGGCUCCUUUCAGCCGCUACGAGGCCCAGAACUUCUCUCUGGUUUGCAUUGUUACAGGAGCAAAGCCAGCUCCCAUGGUGUACUUCAAGCGGGAUGGUGAGUUUAUUGAUGUGGUGCCAACUGCCCAGUCUUCCUCCUCAGUGGAAGACCAAAGCAAAGGCCAAGGUCUGGAAAAGAGCUUGGACAGGAGCCAAGCAGGGCACUGGAGCUCCCGGGCCCUCACCAGUCAAGACCUUGAUGACACCAAACUCCAGAAGUCCCUGUCCCUGCUGGAACAAGAGGGGAAGCUGGCUCGGCUGGGCCAAGACGGCCCCAAUGACCCCAAAAAGGGCCCAGAGCAAGGGUCCGACUCGGACCCUGAGACAACCAGCGAGGUGAUCCCCGAGACGGUGGUGAGCCGGGAGUUUCCGCGCUGGGUCCAGAGCAACGAUCCACUCUACUACUUCCAGCACCGGCAGCAGGCGGCAGGUGAUGGCACCAUGGAGGUGAGAGCCAUGCUGACCUGGAGCCUCAACCCCCAGCUGGACAACGAGGCUCUGUUCAGCUGUGAGGUCAACCACCCUGCUCUGUCCAUGCCCAUGCAGGCCGAGGUCACACUGGCUGCUCCCAGAGGACCCAAGCUGUCCAUGAGCCCCAGUAAGGCCAAGGUGGGAGACACAGUGCGGAUCACCGUCCAGGGCUUCCAGGGACCUUCUGCAAGCGAGGUCUUCCCUGAGCCCAUAUUCACCUGGACAAAGGUGGGUGGGCAUCUGCUAGAUGGCAGAGAGGAGCAUGACGGAAGGGAACUCAUCCUGGAGAGAGUUCCUGCUGAGCUCAAUGGAUCCAUGUUCCGCUGCACGGCCCAGAAUCCUCUAGGCUCCACAGACACUCACACCCGCCUCAUCGUGUUUGAUAACCCAAGACUGAAGAAAGGAAAAGAACAUUUCAUUGCCAUUGACGCAGCGGCCAGUCGGUGCUCCCUCACAUUAAUCUCCAUGUUGCUGCUGCUGAGCUUCACCUGCGAGCUGACGUGACCCGAGGCUCUGCUGCUCCUCCACACACCACCACCCACAUCUACCUGAGGCUCCGGCUUCUUAAUGACCCCCCGGCAGUAGCUAAACCCCCACCCAGCUGUUCCACCAGUGCUGAACAUUAAAGAUGCAGCAGGACUUCAACUCUGGGAGAGAAGACAGAUAUUGAAAGCGCAUUAGCCACAGAGCAAAGGUCCAGAUGCUGUUCAGCAUGCCGUCACACUGUGAGCAACUUUGCUGAUGGGUUACUCUACUCUGACUGUUUAUGAGUUUUUAGGUGACACUAACUGCAUCAUACUGAGGGAAACGUUGGAUAUAGUGUGAUGUCACCUAUAAGAGUCUGCAGGGUUGACACUAGAUCACAGGGAAUAAUAGCACUGGAGAUACUGAUAGGCUAGAUGCUGGCCAAUCAGCAUAGUCACCUCUCAUGCAGACACUCCAACUGCACAAAAAUGUGAUAUUAUUAUGAAUAAGUAGAGGACAGAUAGAGCCACUGAAAGUGAUCAAAAACCUGUGACCAUCACAAAUAAGAGCUGCUCAGACCAGAAACAGACCCAACAAGUGUUCAGUGCUUAUUCUGUGGGAUCUGGAGGAGUUUGAAGGUUAUUUAAAUUCUCAGAAAUCAACACAUUUGGAACAUUAGUAACUUUUAUUCCCUUGUGCAACACAGCUGCUCACCUGUAGCUCCAGAGUGACUAGUCAAAUACUGUCAUUUAUGGAAAUGCUUCUGUAACAGUUGAUUGCAUUCAUUUUUUUCAGGGAGCAUAAUGUCAACGCAUCAUGAAUCAGGAUCCCUUCCUCCCUCCCUUUUACUCCAUGACUGUAAAAGCGCUUUGUGCUGAUGACACGUUUCCUUGUUUAAAUGAUGGAUGGAUUGGGAAACCAAGAAUGUGUUACUGGAAAUGAUUAAAAGCUCCUUCGUAAAACAUUUGCUUCCAAAUGACUGUAUCCAGCUUGGUGUUUGCCGCUCUAUUUACAUUUCUUUGGUGCAUUUUCGUAGUUUCCUCUCGGAUGCGUGCUUGCUCAUGUGUGGGGGAUAUACACUCAGUGCCCAAAGGCUGAUGCCCAGAAACAUCCUGAAUACAGCAAAAUGAGAAAAUCCAGGCAGAGGGCAGCUUCUCUGAAGAUACAGACACCACCACACACUUCAUGGUUCAUAAGUAGGGCUGGGUAACAUUUGUAAAAUUACAAUGCCAGUGUCCUUAAAAUGAGGCCAAUACCAAUAAGCAUCAUGUGAAUGGAAGCUGUGUCCCACUGGCUAGCGUAGCCGCCACUCUGCACAGCGCUCAUACAACAGUUAGUACUGAUAUACCUCCUGUUGGGAACGUGUUAUCAGCAUCUAAGAAAACUCAAUUAUUGACAUCAAUAGAAUUAUUAAUAAUUAAUUAUUAAUGGGAGAUGAUCACACUGGCCCAGCAAUAGCUACAACGUGAUCGUGGAGUGAUUGCUGCUUUAUAGCAAUAAUUAUUAUUGGAAAAUGAAUGUGUCAUUUAUCAAUAAUGAUUCUCCUUUGACACCGAACUUAUCUACAUGAAUGCAAGCGUUUUUAAUUAAAAAAAGAACAGAAACUACAAUUUUUAGACGGAGAUCC